CCCACCACUACAGCACAUUUUAUCUUUAUAAGCAAAGUGAUUAACCCCUUUACUGCCAGGAAUUUCAGAAGUGUGAUGCAGUCAGCUGCCUUCUUAUUGCCAAAACCAAUGGCAAAUGUCUGCUGUUUCUGAAAAAAGGGGACCCCAGACUCGCUUUUACAACCAUUUGUCUUAUGACUGCAGUAGUUGUGUGUAAAUAAUUUCAGUAAGAAAUACAGUUUGCGGCUCCGGCUGUGGGAGGAGUCUCCGGUGGCAGUGAAAAUGACUGAGCUGGGAGGAAGUUAUUAAUGUCUCGGAAGACGAAUGUGUUUAUUGAUCGUGGGCACUAAAGGGCUGUGUACUGUUGUUCCUUAGUAAAGACAAGGAGCUGGCUACCAAACGCUGCACAUUAAUCUUGGAUCCUGGUUAUAUGAGCUUGCACCCAGGAGAGCCAGCGCACAGGAGGCUGUGGCGGGUCGCUAUGGAGGAUUAUUGGUAGUCUAGAGCUAUUGUGAAAUGAAGACUAUGGCUUCCCCAAAUUCUCCUGUGAACAUGUUCCCAAGAAGAACUACUGUCAACUUUCCUGCAGCAGAUGAGUUACCUAGGCCGGCCGUCAUUGGCUUAGGUGGGAACUGUGGCUCUUACCCAGACAGCACUACAGCUAUCAAAGAAAUACUGGCAUCUGUUUUAAACCUAUCAAAUGGAAUAAAAUCAAAGAUAAUAAUAAAUACAGACUACCAAGACGGUGAUUAAGAAAAUUCUGAGGACAGUAGCUGCAGUAGUGACUUGGACAACGAUUCAGACUGUGUUCCACUCAUCACCUGUGCCCAAAAUGACAUUAGGUUUAACAGAAGCAAAGCAUCUUGGGAAACCCCACUGUCUGUCUCUCUUAACACAAAGGAACCACCCAUUUCUUUGGGACAUAUGAAAGAUGCACUUAAAACUAGGACUCGGGAUAGUUCACCACAACCAGUUUGUGAAGUCUGCACAGAAGUAGCUCUAACUGGUCCUGUGGUCACCUCACAAAUUAAUUUUCCCCUGACUUGCUUUCAAAGGGACUUGAGAAGGUUUUCUACCCCAAACCUUUCUAACUACAGUUUAAAUUCUGAUGACGCCUUGUCAAGAGUCAAUUCAGAGGUACUUACAUUGCCCUUACAUGCUGAAACGUCAGACUCUGUAUUGUAUAAAGCUGAAGAUGCCAAAUCUUCUUGCAGGCGAUCACAGUCCUAUUCCAACAUUCAUAAUGCUUCUGAGAAGACAUUAACAGCAAGUACAGAGACCACACUCAAUGCAGCAGAAAAUGUCUUUGAACCAACUGUAAACCUGGAGAAUGAAAACACACACUUCUUGGUAGCAGAUCUAUUGAUCUCAGUUGUUGAGAAAAUGAAGAGUAGUUUGCAGUGCUCACAGUGGGAGCUGUAUAAUGAAGACUGGUGCGGUUCCCAGCACUUGCAGGACAAUGCUGACAGAGGUCACGUACAGCGCUUCCAAUGGGAUCAGUGCGAUAUGGGUCAUAUUCCGCCUACUACCUCGGAGCAGUGGAAUGGAGGUGGAGGCACUGCAUAUCGGCAGUGGUGUAAACAAGACCAUGUGGCUUUUCCCAUUGCCAGACUUUAUUCAGAAUCGGCAGCUUCUGUUGACAGUGGCUAUGAAGGUUUAGCAGCAAUGCAGCAAAAUUCCCCUACAGAUCCCAUCGUGGGAGAAAAUCUUUCUAAGGAUUCCGCUGUAUCUGAAGAUGAUGAUUUUGAUGAGUUUGUUAUUAUUGAACUAGAAGAUUACGAAAGGAUUAACAACUCUAACACACCUCAAUCCUGCAAAAUGCAUGAAAGGACUCUCACACAGGCCUCAAACUCAGCUGAACAAAUUGCCAAAAAGCUUUACAAAGCUUUCAGAACACAAUGGCUCCAGACUGACGUUCCGAUUUCCACCUGGCCAAGCAUAAGUAUUGAGCAAAUAAUUAAACAUGCCAUUCCAGAGGAAUUUGAGUCAAGUUUUGUUCCGCUUCGAUUCCAGGUUAUAAGCACCUUACACCAUCCCCUCAAGAGAGAUGUUGUUAUAGCUGCGCAGCAUUAUGUUUGUGCUGGCUGCGGUACCCAAGUAGAGCCAAGAUAUACCAGUAGAUUGCGUUACUGUGAUUAUUUUGGAAAGUAUUUCUGUGAUUGCUGUCACAGCUAUGCAGAAAGUUCCAUCCCUGCUCGGAUUAUACUCAAGUGGAACUUUAGCAAAUACUACGUCAGCAACUUUGCUAAAACUCUCUUGGACAGUAUAUGGCAAAGCCACAAGUUCAACGUGAAAUCUGAGAACUCGGAAUUGUAUAAAAAAGCGAGAGAUCUAAAUUGAGUCAAGGAACUUCAGGAGCAACUCAUUUAUAUAAAGAGGCUACUAGCUACUUGCAGAUUUGCUGAGAGCGUGCUUAAAGACUUUGAAAAAGUUCCAUCACACUUGACAGAAGAGUUGCAUCACUUCACCUUGAGUGAACUUGUUGGGAUUAAACAAAAUAUGCUCCGUGAGCUUUUGAACACAUCUACAGCCCAUGUGGAUAAAUGUGAGUUGUGCCAAGCCAAAGGAUUUAUCUGUGAGUUUUGUCAUGGUGCUGAUAUCCUUUUCCCCUUCCAGACUGACAUUUGUAGACGAUGUGAAGUUUGCAAAACAUGCUAUCACAAACAAUGUUUCAAGACAGACGACUGCCCAAAGUGUCGUAGAAUCGAGGCGCGAAAAGCAGUGAAAAAUGUGCUUCCAGUCUCUGAAGGCGACGAAGAGGAGUUCAACCCAUUAGUUCUGUGUUCAGCAUAAUUUUACAAACCUUUGUGUAUAUGUUUUUAAAAUGUACUCAGGGACUUAUUUAAGAAAAGAGUGCUUUUGCAAAGCAAACUCAACUUUGUACAGUUUUUUAUUUUUAUUUUUUUGUUUCUCAUGACGUUUUUAUGUAAAUUUAUAUUUCAAUUGUUUUACUUUGUAAAAAACAAUAGUUUUUCUAGUGCUAUUAAGUUUAACAUAUUCAUACAGAAAAUGUCCUAAUGCUACAUUGUCUGCAGUCAAGGACUCUCAUGGGUAUUUUUUUUUGGAAGACGGGGUCUGGUUAGAACACACUCAUUCUUUAUAUAUCAUUUGGUUACAAUUAUUUGAUUGAACAAUAUUAAUCAGACUCAUGCACUGAAACUGGUAUUGUCACUUUGCCAUUGUAAUUGUUUACAGUUUUGUUUUUUUAUUCAUUUUUGUAAGUUCUUUAGGAACUGACAUUUUUAUUUAAAUACAACUUUAUGAAUACGAAAUAUGACUUUGCUAACACAUGGGUGAUGCACAAUCAACUGGUGUAACUUUUAUGGAGGUAUCAUUAAUGCCUGGCAUUUUAACCCCUCUACUUAAGUUUUAAAAUGACAUUUUUCUUUUCCAGCACAAGUUUUCUGCAGACAACAAUUUGAACAAUCAUAUUGGUUUAUAAAAACUUGACCAACAACAUAGUAUGAUAGUUUUACAUUAAAUAUAUAUUGAUCUUUACUGUGGAACAUUUCAUAUUAAAAUCUGGAAAAUUGAAAAAAAAAAAAAAAA